AUGGACCUGGACACAUUACUCGAAGAGCAGGUUGACCCGGAUGACCUGAAGAAGCAUGAACAAAUUUUCACGAGUCAGAUGAGUCAAGGCAAGCCAAGUUGUCAAGUGGCUUUCGAUUACGCAUUCUGCUUGAUCCGUAGUAAAAAGUCUCAUGUCAAGUUGGGCGUUAAAUUGCUUGAAGAGCUUUUGUCACGCGACGAAGAUGAUAUGGCUAUUCGCACCUACCUGUAUUACCUUGCCAUUGGUCAUAUCAAAUUGAAGAAUUAUGACAAAGCGCUGAAAUAUAUCGAAGUCAUUAUGAGAGUUGAACCGAAUAAUUCGCAAGCAGCGGAGCUUAAACAGGUUGCAAACGCUCGUAUGGAACGAGAAGGCCUGAUCGGAGCUGCUUACGUUGCCGGAUUUUCCGUUUUUACGGGCUUUCUUCUCUUCGGUGCCAUCAGGUCCAUUGUUCGUAAAUUCUCAGGACAUUAA